UUUUUUUUUUUUUUUUUUUUUUUGUUGCUUAUAGAUCGAUGUCUGAAUCUAAUCUUAUAUUUGAACCAGAAGGUAGAUUUCUUUCCUUGCGUGGACCAUAUAUAAAUCAACUUGGAUUACAGUCUGAUCUUCAUGUUCAACCUGAGUAUAUAGAAAAUCGCUUGAUAAGAGAUGGGGAAGAAAAUGGCCAUCAUAUUACGGUUAUUAAUCAUUUAGAAAUUACAUCUCUAAUUCCUUUAUAUGAUAAAAAUAAGGAAGAAAAUGAUAUAACUAUUAGUAAAGGACAACAUAAAAAAUUGUUUAAAAAGACACAGAAAGAUAUUCAUGAUACAAUCGUGAAUCAAUUUGGCUCGGCAUUAGAUUGGCAAAGACCUAUUGAUCUUGGUAUUGGGCAUUGUGCUGAUGAAGAAGCUAAUACCUACUAUCGCGUAAUUCAUUGGCCUUUUGGACAAAUGAUACGUGAAAAAAUAGGCUUGCCAAAAACAAACUUCCAUAUUACAGUUGGGUUUUCGCCUCGAGACGUUCAUAUUUACAAAGGACCUGCUACCUUGAUUUGUCUACGAAAAGGAGAACACUGUUCUCAAAAACAGUUACAAAAAUUAAUAGACGUAGUAGAAUAUUAUUUUGAGGACAAAGUAUUCAUCAAAGCACUUUAUCAAACUUGUUGGCGGCACAAAUAUAUCAAAGAGUUUUGCAGCUUGACAAGAAUUUAUAUAUUUUGUAAGUUUAUCGUAUUAUGUUUUAGGAAACUCUUUGUCUAAAUUCCUAUUUAAUAGUAUUUUUGAAAAGACGUUCGAAGGUCCAUCGACUAUCUUAUAUAUUUUUCUUUUUGGCCUGUUUUAUUUUUCUUCGUUAUAACAGAACAGCUUAAAGUUCUAUACUGAAAAAAAAAAGAUGAUUAUGACUUUCUUGUAUAUAAUUGAACAGUUUCCUUUUUAUAUAUACAUGUAUACUAUUACACCUGCUUUAAUUGUUUAAUUUACAUGAUUUAGAAUACUGUAUCAGAAAGAAGAGUAAAUCAAAUAAAAACACUAGCAGUUAUCUUUAACAUUGAUAGAGUAUUUAAGUUAAAUAACUUGUAUCUGUAUCAACAAAUGUGGGUAACUUUCCUUUUAUAUACAAGUAUGUAUUUACAUGUAUCUAUUUUAUCAAAAUGAUGCCCGCAAAAGAUAUAUAUCAUUUUCUUAUAAGCCAACGUAUAAAGAGCUUC